GCUCGCCUCUCAUUUCUUACAAAAAAUAAAAAUAAAAAAAAAUCCAAAGACUGGAAUUCAAAUUUUAUAUGACACAGACAUUGGCACAAACUGACAAAGAAUUCAAAACAGCAGUGAUAACAUAGGAAAUAUAACAUGGAAGUGGAGCUAUGGCUCAAGUGGUGUAUUGGACCCCUCAACAAAGGCUCCACAUUUGAAAUCAGUUUAUGUGGAACCAAAUAUCGUAAAUAUAGGAUUGUGUUAUUCAUCCGGAAUUUUCAGAGGUUAGCAUCUUAUAAAACCACGUGGAAGUUCUGUUAACUCCUCAUGCAAAACUAUUAAAUAGUAGCAGUUAAUAGUUUUUUUCAGUUGUCCUAUCGAUGUCCUUAUCCUAGUAUUUCCGGAUUUCAUACAGUGUUCUGUUUUCUGUCAAAAAGAGAUUUGACUUCUGAAAAAUAAUAAGAUAAACAAACAGAAUUAUUAAACUAAGCUUUACAUUUUUUUGCUUUAACUUCUGUACUUAAGUGGCCCUCUAUUCUGUCAAAUUAAUGUCUCGGAGUCGUUUCCUGUUUUAACAGACCCGAUAUGACCGAGAACAAAUAAAAUAUACAUUGAUAAUGUGCCUAAAUAAAUCUUUUGGAAUCCAAAGCAAAAAAGAAACCAGUACAGAACACUGUCGAGACAUUUUUGUCCCAACGUCGAACCCGUAUUUUCCCUAGCGGAAGCAGGGUCUCAUUGGCUGGCGUGCGCCCGCCAUCACGCCGGAAGGCCGCGUCAUUGGUCCGCGCGGUCGGGACUCCGGGAUCUUUUCUCCCAGCGCUCAGGGCGGCCGCGCUCCUUUCUUCCUCUCAGUGGGAGCCCAAAGGGAUCCGGACGACCAAGGCGGGUACCAUGACGACCCUGGAUGACAAGUUGCUGGGAGAGAAGCUGCAGUACUACUAUAGUACUAGUGAAGAUGAGGACAGUGACCAUGAAGACAAAGAAGGAGGUGGGGGUCCCCUGGCCAGUGGUUCCAUGCCUCCAGAGGCUGAGAUGGCAGGCGAAGGCAUCUCAGUUAACACAGGCCCAAAAGGUGUUAUCAAUGACUGGCGUCGCUUCAAGCAGUUAGAGACGGAGCAGAGGGAGGAACAGUGCCGGGAGAUGGAGAGGCUAAUCAAGAAGUUGUCCAUGACCUGCAGGUCCCAUCUGGAUGAAGAGGAGGAGCAACAGAAACAAAAAGACCUCCAGGAGAAGAUCAGUGGGAAGAUGACUCUGAAGGAGCUUGCUAUGAUGAGUGAGGACCAGGAUGAUCAAGAGUUUCUGCAGCAGUACCGGAAGCAGAGGAUGGAAGAGAUGCGACAGCAAUUUCAUAAGGGGCCUCAGUUCAGGCGGGUUUUUGAGAUCACCAGUGGAGAAGGGUUUUUGGACAUAAUUGAUAAAGAACAGAAGAGCACUCUCAUCCUGGUUCAUAUUUAUGAGGAUGGCAUUCCAGGCACCGAAGCCAUGAAUGGUUGUAUGAUCUGCCUUGCCACGGAGUACCCGGCUGUCAAAUUUUGCCGUGUGAAGAGCUCAGUUAUUGGGGCCAGUAGUCGGUUCACCAGGAAUGCCCUUCCUGCCCUGCUCAUCUACAAGGGGGGUGAAUUGAUUGGCAAUUUUGUUCGUGUUACUGACCAGCUGGGAGAGGAUUUCUUUGCUGUGGACCUUGAAGCUUUUCUACAGGAGUUUGGAUUACUCCCAGAAAAAGAAGUCUUGGUGCUGACGUCUCUGCGUAACUCUGCCACCUGCCACAGUGAGGACAGCGAUCUGGAAAUAGAUUGAGCUGAUAAUCUGGUUGCAUAGAUUCCUUGUGGUUAGGCUGGUGGACACAUGUCUACGUUUAUUUUUGUUCCUUCCUAUAUCUUCUGGCUUUCCAGCUGUUCUUUGUAGUCCCUUUAUUAUGUAGAAAGCCAAGAAAUUCCUAGAUUAAAUCCAAAUGCUGAUUCACCUUGCAGCUAGCAAUAAAGUGAUUUAGGAUUAUAUAAACAGGAAGCUAGGCUUUUGAGCUGUUUACUUAAGAUUCUCUGGCAUGACAUCUUUGUUGUUGUUUCCAGUCAAUAUUUACACAGGCAAUGUCCUGCAAAUUGUCUUUUAGUGACCUAGAGGUCUUUGCCAAGUUUGAGAGUAGAAUUCCCUAGUUAGUGUGUUAUGUGCAAUGUAAUCAAUGUAAUCAAAUGAUUCUAAGUUAUAUUUACUUGUAAUCAUACAAAGCAGUUACAUCCCUUCCCCUGCCCCCAGAUGCUCUUCUCUACCGGGGUCUGAGAUGUAGCUCAGUGGCAAAGUACUUGCCUAGUGUGCACAAGGCCCUGAGUUGGAGGCAGAUAACUAACGUUUACUACCCUGUCAAGGACUGGUAACCUCUGCUUCUGGAGUCAAUGUCCUGCUCAGCGUUACGGCAUAUGCACCGGAGGAUGAUGGUCCUGCUGCUGGAAAACAGCAUCUUUUUGACCCAGACAUUGGAGCUGGGGUGCUCUGGAAAGCUUGUUGAAAUAGGACUUUUCAAUCCUACUUAUAGCUAUUAUGUCUGUCUUGGUUAUUUAAUAAGUUAACUUUUUAUUUAAUGGAUUUUUUU